UUGGACACGUGCUAUUUUGACAGCUGCAUGUUGACAUAGUCGUUCACAAGUUUAUUUUCUCAUUUUAACAAUACAAUUUAUUUAUUUUCCUUUAUAAAAUGGAAUUAUUUUCAGUAAAAAGAUACAUCGAAGGUGAACAAUUCACCGACGAUCCAAACAAAGAAGAUGACAUUCUACAAAAACUCUUGAAAAAAGCCCAAGCACGAAAAAGUACCCAACCUUCUGAGAUUCCACAGAAUAUUUCUGAUAUCCCUGUGAUAAGUGAGGAGCAUGAAAACAAGCAAACAGAAUUGCAAGAAGAUAGUCAAAAUGACGAUGAAGAAACAAAUGUCACAAAAAAACCAAAAUUAUCCGAUGAACCGGCAGAAAAUGAAGAUUUUCAAGUUCUCGGCUCAAAUGUCUUUGAUCGCAAACCUAAAGUUGAGAUGGUUCUUCCUCCAUGGUUAGCACAUCCAACUGUCAUUGCCACAAGCAUUGUCGAAUCGUCAGAACAAGAAGAUAGCUUUGUUUCAAAAGCUGACUAUCUUUCUGAUCAUUUAAAGGAAUCAUUGAAAGAAUUGUCUAUUGACAACUUAUUCCCUGUUCAGAAAUCAGUUAUUCCUUGGGUUCUAACAGCUCAUUCAAAACCCUAUCCCUUUCGACCGAGAGAUAUUUGCGUUUCAGCUCCAACAGGUAGUGGCAAGACACUUGCUUUCGCUGUUCCCAUUGUCCAGUUGUUGGAGAAUCGUGUAGAGAAGAAAAUUCGUGCUCUUGUCGUACUACCUGUUGCCGAAUUGGCUCUCCAAGUCUAUAAAGUCUUUAAGAAACUCACAGACAAGACUAAUUUGAGUGUUUGCCUUCUGACCAAAUCCAAUCCUUUCCCAUUGGAACAGCAAAAGCUUGUUGAAUCUUACAAAGGCAAAUUCUAUUCAAAAGCUGACAUUGUCAUCACCACUCCCGGUCGUCUGGUUGAGCAUCUUCAUGCUACAAAUGGAUUCUGUCUGAAAUCCCUCAAAUUCCUCGUCAUUGACGAAGCAGACAGAAUUAUGAAUCAAGUUCAUCAUAAUUGGCUUUAUCAUCUGGACAAUCACGUCAAAACUACUUCAGAUAUGUUACUGUCUGGCCGGACUGCUCCUCUUUGUAUUCAUGAAUUGGAAUCCGUUGCAUGCAAUCAACCACACAAAAUGUUAUUCUCUGCAACUUUGUCUCAAGAUCCUGAAAAACUUCAAGGUAUUAGGUUAUUCCAGCCCAAGUUGUUCACAUCUGUUUUGACCAAUUUGGAUGAACUUAAAGAAAAGUUUGUUGAAGCAAGAACGGCAGAGAUUCGGGAGGAAUUUAUUGGGAAAUAUACGACACCUGCUGAGUUGACCGAGAAAUAUUGCUUAACAGAGAGUCGAAUUAAACCUUUGACGCUAUACUCGUUAAUUACUGAAAAUAAUUGGACAAAGUUUUUGUGCUUUACAAAUAGUGUGGAAUCUUCGGGAAGAUUGGCGUUUGUUUUAAAGUACCUCUUCGAUAAAAGGAUGGUUAUAGAGGAACUCUCUGGAGCUUUGAAUCCCAAAAUGCGUGCAAGUGUUUUGAGUACUUUUGCCAGGGGCAAAACCAAUGGAUUGAUAUGUUCUGACGCUCUAGCUCGUGGUAUUGAUAUUCCUGAUGUUGACAUAGUGAUUUCUUACGAUCCAGCACGACACAUCAAGACUUAUAUCCAUAGGAUAGGACGAACAGCUCGUGCUGGUCGACCUGGAACAGCAAUAACUAUGCUCACACAGAAAGAACUUAAUAGUUUCAAUCACACACUCUCUGAAGUUGGAAAAGUCAUAACCGAAGAAAUCAAAGUCACAACAGAUGUCGAAGAAAACAAUGCCCAAAAGUAUGCUAAAGCACUUUCAGAACUUCGAAUUAAGGUUGAGGCUGACAAACAUACAAAGAAUUAUUUGAAGCACAUUGCUAAGGAGAAAGCCAAACCAGUGGAUCCAUCGAAAAUGUCAUUGAUGGAAAAAUUGCAACAUCAAGCGGAAAAUAAGGUUAUGGAAAAAUUCGAAGCUCGACAAGUUGAUGGUAAAACGACGAUAUUAGAACGCCAAAAGAAGAAGAAACCAAUGAAAGCGUUUAAGAAGAAACAAUUGAAUAAAAUUGCAACAAAGUCGCAUGUCAUUGGAAAAGCGAAACAGAAGAAAAAUUAGUGAAGGGGGCAAUAAAGACGAUUGAAGCGUGUAUAAAGGAUCUUCCUAUUGUUGUUAACAAAUUAAAUAUUUUUAUUUUACAAUAAAACUUGAUAGAAACUUUAA